UCCCGCCGGGAGUCGCGCCCCGAGUCCCGCCUGGAGUCCCGCCGGGAGUCUGGCCCGGAGUCCCGCCGGUCGUCCCGCCGGGAGUCCGGCCGGGGAGGCGGAGGCGGAGGCGGCUCUGCCCGGGUCUUGGCGGAGGAGGCGAGCACCUACGACCCCAUCGGCACCAUCCUCAUCCAGGUCCAUGAAGACCUUUAUCACUUAAAGGAAACAAUAGCAAGCUCCCAGCCCACAGAAAACGGAGAGCAGCUGGACACCCAGCACCUUGAAACAGCGAUCAAGAGGACAGAGAUGGGCUUAAGAAUCCACAUCGAGAAGUACUUAGAUGUCAUGAACCAAGACGUGCUCACCACCCCCACCGGGGACCACGGCCUGUAUUUUGCGCACAGAUCCAAAUGGUCGGUCCCAUCAGUACUUGACCAAAAAGUAUUUCUUUUCCCUCUGGACCCCAAGGAUAAACUUUGGCAACCGCCCAAACAGCAGAGCACGUUCUUACGCGCCUUUCCGAAAAUGAAGAAAAAGCUGGGGUUGAACAUAAAGACCCUACAGGACCCCGAGAACACCCACCACCGUGCGGCCGUGAACGAGAACUAUGGCAUCAACCUGCCAAGUAUCGGCCAGAGAAAAGCAAAUGUGAAGGCCCAGAAGUUAAUCAAAGGCUCCACCAUAUGUAACCUCACAGUCGCGCCAACUUCCCAUCGUACAAAUCCCUACUUCACGCCCAUCCCGGUGCUGCAGGUGGAUGCCAACCGAGGGAUCCUGAGUAUGCUCGAGCGAGGCCUGAUCCCCCCAACAGCAAGGAUUACCUUCCAGAACCCCCCCAUCUUGCCCAGAGCUGCUCCUCUGCAUGCUUUCAGCGAGGCACACAAGUCUACACGUGCAGGUCCCUCGGAGACAUCUGAGCCCCCAGGGACAGUAACCGAAGCCAAGAGCCGCCCUCCCAAGAGACACAGGCCAAAGGGGAAAGGCAGGAGGCCAAGAGGACACUACGACAGGAAGGGCAUGAAGCUCUCAGUGAAUGUUAAAAGUCCCAAGUCACCGUGGGAGCUCGACUUUACGAUUUAUAACGGCAUCAUAGACACGACAUCCCCAGACUUCAUAGUCUUCAAGGAUCACUUCAGUCUGUCCUGGGGAAGUAUUUUCUCUCUCUUGGAGCACAUCGAGAAGUUUCUCAGGGACUACGCCAUCCCAGAAGUCAGAAUCAAAGGGGACAGCCUGAUAGCCCUCCUCCCGGAGUUCGAGCUGAAGAACAGACUCAGCAAAUACGACCUCCUGUCUGUGGUGGAGAACCCGCUGCACCUGCAGAGGCUGCUGGACCAGCCGGGGCAGAGGUACAAGGGGCAGGACGGAGAGGCCGAGGCCGCCAUCAAGAUCCAGGCCACGUGGAAGUGCUACAAGUCCAGGAAGUACUUCCUCUGCUACCGGCAGCAGAAGUGGGCGUCGGGCGUGAUCGCCAUCGCCUGGCUGCUGCACUGCCACAAGACCCGCCUGAGGAGGGUCCUCAUGGCCUCCCGGCAGAGACACCUGCAGAACUUCCGCAUCCGAGCCAAGCAUCUGGCAGCCAACUGGAAUCGUAUCAGGACCUCCAGGAGGACUGUCAUCCAUGUCCCGUCAUUAGGGUACUCCCUGCCCGUGAGACAAAACAUCGCUGACUUCAACACCCUGCAGAACAUGCAGCUGGGGAGGCUGUGCGACAUCGUAGAUCCGAAUGUGAAUGUCAUCUACAUCUGCGCCCACCAGAUGAGUGAAGAGUUACUGCUGUAUUACAGCAAGAUCCUGAGUCUGCAGGCAGCUGUCAAGUCGGGGAACCUUGAGGACAGAAGUGACCUGCAGGACAGGUUCAGAAUUAUCACCCCUGAAGCUAUCAACUUCUUUACUACACACCGGAUGUGCCUAGCCACUCUCCUGAAGUACAGCCCCAGGGCGAUCAAGAGAAUCAAACACCUCAUCCAGGGCAGAGAGGCCUACAUGGUGAGUGGGCUCCUGCACCGUGACGACCUGGCCGUGGCAGACAUGCUGGACAUCCCCAUCCUGGGCCCCGAGCCGGAGAUCGCGCACCUCUACAACGCCAAGUCCGGGAGCAGACACCUCUUUGACCUCGCUAAUGUGCCGGUCCCUCCUGGGAUCUCCGACAUCGACAACUUCCAGCAGAUAAUCGAGCACCUGAGUCAGCUGGUCACUGACAACCUGGAAAUCCGACGCUGGCUCUUUAAAAUGGACUAUGAGUUUGGAGGCAACGGGACUGCAUUCUGUGACAUCCCCUCCCACCUAAACUGCUACCGCUGGGCGCUCAGGGAAAGCAGCAGGCAUGGCCGAGAAGACUGGGCCAAGAAGUGGGCGCAGGAGCCGGCGCUGGUGAGGAUCUCCGAGGAGCUGGCAGGCGUUUUAGCGCAGCACGCACAGCCAGUCAAUGAGAAACGGUUCCCAACGUGGGAGAAAUUCCUCCAAACAUUCCUCAUUCAAGGCGGUGUGAUCGAAGCCUACCCGCCCGCAGAAAGUGUCACCAACCUGAAGGUGGACAUGCUGGUGGAGCCCAACGGCGACAUCAGGGUGCUGUCCGCGGGCGACCAGUUUCAUGCCGAGGGCCCCCUCAUCUCCUCGGGCACCACCAUGCCUCAGACCUCGGUGGAUCCCCAAGUUCUCAGCUCUCUGUGUCUCCAGAUCGGAAGUGCUUGCAGGAAGAGGCAAGUGGUCGGGUACUUUUCCAUAGACCUGGUGACUUUCAUCGACCGGAACAUGGAGCAGCAGGUGUGGGCCACAGGCCUCAACCUCGCCUACAGUGACCAGAUGGCCCUGACGCAGCUCGCCCUGUACCUGACCAAUGGCCACCUGGACUGCAGUCUGAGCACCCUCCAAGUGCCCCAGUCUGACCCCAUGAAAGAGAGGACCAGGUGCCAUCAGUCAAUGCUGUCCACAAGCACCACUCGCUAUGCCAUGAUGACCACCCAGCUGAAACACAGCAACCUCUCGCUCAUCUUCCACUAUGUUUUCCUGCAGCUGUGUAAGGCCCACGGCAUCGGCUACGACAUUGAGGACAGACAAGGAACUGUUCUCCUGCUUUACGAACACCUGAAAAGAAACAAGCUGGGGAUGCUAACAAUCGGUGAGGAUCUCCAGGGGGUCCUCAUGACCUUUGCUCGGAAUCUCUUCAUCAUCCAUCAAGAAAUAUCAUCACCUAAUAUGCAAGGCGAGACCAAUUUUAAGACCACUAUUGAUGACAUUGAAGUCAUUCUAGGAGUAACGAAGGAAAACAAAAUGAGAUUUGAAGAAGAGCUGCAGUCCGAAGAUGAUAAAAAAAACAACAACAUCUCAAAGCUCCAUAAAUGACUAGUCCUGAGUACUUUACAGAUUUUUGAAUUUCAAUCUGGAUCGCAGAAGAAAGCAACAAAAUGCUUGUUGUUAGGACUAACAGGAGAGGAAAGCCAGCAUGCUUUGUUUCCUUGGAGGUAUAUCAGAACACACUGUAGUGGCCUUUUAAAAAAAUAUAUAUAUAAUAAGUGAUUUUACAUUACUUAUUAAACUAAAAUCUUUGUGUGCUUUCACUUAUAAACAUUGAACAAUCUCUUCGGCUUCCCAAACUUAGGAAGAAAUAAUAUGCUAAAACACAAUAUGAAGGUCUUACUAAAACUCUCUUUAGAAGCCUCAGGAUAGCUUUUGUUUCUGUGAUUUUAAAAACCUCUUCUGUUUCUCAUAGGAAUA